AUGGGUGGGUGCGGAGGUAAGCCAUAAAAAAGAAGUAAAAAACCUUACAUUUUACCAAAAACCUUAGAAUAGCAAUGUAUGAUUUUUACUAAAUUUAGUUAAUGUUAUUGAAAUCGAUUUACUUUAUCUGAUAUAUUAAGACUUAGCUUCAAGAAAUGUAGAAAACUUAGUCAACAAGACUGCUUUUACAGAUUUCUUUACAAUGAUUGGUUUGUGGGGUGAACUUGUUUUUGAUUAUUUUAACUAAGAAAACCAUAGUCUAUUGAAUUUUGAGCAAUUUCUUAAAGGAGUGGUCCAUUAUAUCAAAUGUGAUGAAGACUAAAAAAUUUAGCAUCUUUUUAAAUUAUAUGAUUUAGAUAAAUAAGGUUUGAUUCGAAAAGCUGAGUUUCUUUAGAUGGUAAAAAACAAUAAUAAAAUAGAUAUAAAAUUAUCCACGAGAUGAUUUGAUAAAAUUACUUGAUGACCCUAUGUUCUUGGAGGAUCUAAAAAUUCUAAAAUAUUAUGAGACAAAGGAGAUGAUCAAUCAAAAAAAAAAUUAACCUAAACGCGCAGAUGAAUAAGAGUUUACAGAAUCAGGUAAUAAUAAUUAAAAUGAAAAUAGUUCAUGCAAUUUAGAGAAAAAGCUCUUUAAGUGGUGAAAUAUAAUCAAUAUAAGGGGCUAAAUCAGGAGAAUCUGCUCUAGGAUCUUAAAAUAAUUUACCAGCAUUUAAUGAAUAAAGUGUUGUUAUGAUGUUUCCAAAUGAGAGCAUGAUUGGACCAACAGGAGUUCCAAUGGGACAAUUUGGUUAAAACAUAACUUUCAAUAUUAAUGGAAAAUUAGUUGAAUUAAAAAGAGUCAAUAUUAAUUAUUUAGUUCAUAAAUAUGUUAAUAUGAUUUAUAAACAUAAAGCAAAAAAUGAUUAAGGGUAUAUUUAUAUUUUAUAAUUUAGUUUAUCACUUGAUGACUUUAAAUCAUUUGUGAAGUUGCAUCCAAAAAUAUUUGAAGGUCUUUAUAAAGCAUUCAAUUUUGAUGUAUGGGGUUUUGAUGCUAAUGCUUCAGUUCCUCGUUUGAUGAUGACACCAAAAGAUCUUGAAGGAGAACUCAAAAAAAUCAGCAAAAAAAAUCCUAAACUUACUAAUACCAGAUAUUUUAAAUUAAUGCAAAGAUUUUGCUUGUCUUUUAAAACCAAAGAAUCAACUUUACCUUCCAGUAAAAAAUUAUAAUUAGAUUUUAGGAAUCUUUUGUCUUGAUGGAUUAACAAUAUAAGAAAAAGUAAAUAAUUAAGAAUAAUAAUAUGGAUUUGAAGUAUCUCAUAAAGAUAAACUAUAUUAAACCAGAACAUAUAUGUGUUAAGAUUUCGAAGAUUAUAAAAGAUGGACCAACAGUUUAUAAAUGUUCUAAAAGUAUAUGAUUAUUCAUUUUUUUUAGAGCUUCUGUGAAUGAUUAUUAUUCAAUUCUUUAGAAAAUUGGAGAAGGCAAAUUUUCAAUUGUAUAUCUUUGUGAAUGCAAAAAAGAUAGAUAAACAUUAGCUAUAAAAAUUAUAGAAAAGUUUAAAUUAUCAAAAUCUGAAAAAUUAAUGCUUGCGUAAUUUUAGUAUUUAGUUUUAGUCAUGAAGUGGAAAUCAUGAAAUUACUUAAUCAUUCUUGUAUUGUUCGUUUUCAUGAAAUUAUUGAAACAAAAACUCAUUUAAAUAUCAUCACUGAAGUAGUAAGAGAUGGAGAUUUAUUUGAUUACAUUAUUAAAAAUGAAAAUAUUAAUGAACAAGAGGCAUCCUUAAUUAUGAGUUAACUUUUUGACACUCUCAAUUAUGUUCAUAGUGUUGGAAUUGUUCAUAGAGAUUUAAAACCAGAAAAUAUUAUGAUUGUUUUGGAUACUACAAAAAAAAAUGUCAAAUAAGUAAAAAUCAUUGAUUUUGGUUUUGCUAAUUUUUUAACAAACAUUUAAACAAAAGAAGGGGAAGCACUUUGUGGAACUACUAAUUAUCUAGCACCUGAGAGUUUGGAAUAAAAAAAAAUUGAUUUUAAAGUUGAUAAUUUUGCAUUGGGAGUUAUCUUAUAUUUUCUACUUUCUGGUACAUCAAUUAUUAUAUUAAAUUUAGGUUACUUACCUUUUGAUUCAGAAUUUCCAGAGGAUAUUAUUAAAAAUAUUAUUGAAUGUAAAUAUGAUCUCCAAGAAGAGUUUUGGUAAUAGAUUUCAGAAGAUGCGAAAGAUUUAAUAAAAAAACUGUUAAUGAAAGAACCUGAUGAAAGAAUUACUUUGUAAUCAGCUUUAGAGCAUCCAUGGAUUUUAGUAUAAGUUUAUAUUUAAAUAGAAUCGAAAUCAAUUGCCAACUAAAAAAGCAUAGAGAAUUAAAAAUAGAUUAGGGUUAUUUUGAUU